AUGGUUUUUGGUCUUAUCGUUAUUGUUAAGUGCAUCUUUUCUGAACAGGUUCCUUUCCACAUUCCGCUUGUCUGUCUUUUCAUUCCCUUCUUCCUCCCUUGCAUCGAUUCCGAUGCGCCGUCGUCCAUGUCUCCAGAUGCCCGAUUUCUGAACCGUUUGUCACGCCCUUCCUGUUCAUCUGACAUCAAGCAACCAUUCCGGUCUCUCGUAAAUCAUUCGAUUCAUUCGAUUAUCAUCUAUCUAUCUAUCUAUCUAUCUAUCUAUCUUCAGUUUGUUCAUAUCUAUCUCUCUUUUCAUUCUAUCUAUCUAUCUAUCUAUCUAUCUAUCUUCAGUUUCUUCAUAUCUAUCUAUCUAUCUCAACGGCAACAGGUUCGAGCGCUAAUCGACAAUGAUCGAUAUUCCUGUAUUAACAUCAGUAUCUAUUGCCUGUCCUGGGGAGGGUAUCUAUCUAUCUAUCUAUCUAUCUAUCUAUCUAUCUAUCUCCGACUGUUCAUAUCUAUCUAUCUCUAUCUAUCUAUCUAUCUAUCUAUCUAUCAUAUCUAUCUAUCUAUCUAUCUAUCUAUCUAUCUAUCUAUCUAUCCAUCUGUUCAUAUCUAUCUAUCUAUCUAUCUAUCUAUCUAUCUAUCUAUCAUCUAUCUAUCGCCGUCUGUUCAUAUCUAUCUAUCUAUCUAUCUAUCUAUCUAUCUAUCUAUCUAUCAUAUCUAUCGCCGUCUGUUCAUCUAUCUAUCUAUCUCCGACUAUCAUAUCUAUCUAUCUAUCUAUCUAUCUAUAUCUAUCUAUCUCCGACUGUUCAUAUCUAUCUAUCUAUCUAUCUAUCUAUCUAUCUAUCUCCGUCUGUUCCAUAUCUAUCUAUCUAUCUAUCUAUCUAUCUAUCUAUCUCUGUUCAUAUCUAUCUAUCUAUCUAUCUAUCUAUCCUACUGUCUCCGACUAUUCAUAUCUAUCUAUCUAUCUAUCUAUCUAUCUAUCAUAUCUAUCUAUCUAUCUAUCUGUCUGUUCAUCUAUCUAUCAUAUCUAUCUAUCUAUCUAUCUAUCUAUCUAUCUAUGUCUGUUCAUAUCUAUCUAUCGAUCGAUCUUUCUAUCUAUAUCAUUCUAUUUAUAUCUAUCUCCAUCUGUUCAUAUCUAUCUAUCUAUCUAUCUCCGUUUGUUCAUAUCUAUCUAUCUAUCUAUCUAUCUAUCUAUCUAUCUAUCUAUCUAUCUAUCUCCGUCUGUUCAUAUCUAUCUAAAAGGUUCAGAAAGAGGGCAAUAAAUCUAUCUAUCUAUCUAUCUAUCUAUCUAUCUAUCUAUCUAUCUAUCUAUCUAUCUCAGUCUGUUCAUAGCUACCUAAAUCUCAUGUCUUCGUAUUCGUCUCUUUCGUUCUCAUUCUUUUACUUAUUGUCAGUCACGUUCUACAUUUUUCGCUCCUUCUUUUUUUAUUUCCAAUUUCUCCUUCUUUCUCUCAUUUUUCCUUCGAUUCUAAUUAGCUUUUCAUUUCUUUUUCUCUUUUUCAAUUUCUUGUUCUUUUUCUUCUUUCUUUUCAUCACUUACACCAUUACUCCCCUAUCACUUCGUCAUGCGAAGCUGAGUAUCUAUCUAUCCAUCUAUCUAUCUAUCUAUCUAUCUAUCUAUCUAUCUAUCUCAGCUCUUUAUCUAUCUAUCUCACUGUUCAUAUAUAUAUAUGUCUCUGUUCAUAUCUAUCUAUCUAUCUAUCUAUCUAUCUAUCUAUCUAUCUAUCUAUCUAUCUCAGCUCUUUAUCGAUUUAUCUCGUCAUGCGAAGCUGAGUAUCUAUCUAUCUAUCUAUCUAUCUAUCCCAGCUCUUUAUCUAUCUAUCUCACUGUUCAUAUAUAUAUAUGUCUCUGUUCAUAUCUAUCUAUCUAUCUAUCUAUCUAUCUAUCUAUCUAUCUCAGCCAGCUCUUACCUAUCUACCUAUGUCACUAUUCAUAUCUUUCUCGCUGUUCAUCUCUCUCUCUCUCCCUCUCUCUCUCUCUCUAUCUAUCUAUCUAUCUAGCUAGCCAAUUUUUUCUUUCUUAUUUCAAUCAUUUAUUCUCAUUUAUAGAUUUAGAUUUUUUUACUCGUUCUUUUGAAUUCUUUCAUUCUUUCUUUCUACUAUUUUAUUUCGGAUAUUUUUUCUUUGUUUUUCUUUAUUUUUCUUUCUUUCUUUGUCUUUCCUUUUUUUUCUUCUCAUAUUUUCAAUGUCCUUUCUUUCUUUCUUUCUUUCUUAUAUUUUCACAGUUUUUUCUUUACUUUUCUAUUUCUUUUUUUUCUUUUGCGAAAUUAUCUUUUUACCAUUGUCCUAAACUUACUUUCUUUCUUCCUUUCUUUCUUUCUUCUCAUAUCUUCAAUUUUUUUCAUUGCUUUUCUAUUUCUUUCUUCCUUUUGUAUACUUAUGUCCUAAGUGUUCUUUCUUUCUAUAUUUCUUUCUUUCUCGCCUGUUUUGUCCUUUUCCUCGGUAUUUCCUAUCUUAUUAACCUCUUCCUAUUUCUUUUCUUUUACUCUCUUUCUUUUAGCAUUUCCUUCUUUUGUAUUCAACUGAUUUAUAUUUCCAACACAUUUUCAUCAUCUGCUGACCGAUCGCCUCAUCCUCUCCCUUACAGAACGCCCCUCCUCCUCCUCCUCCUCCUCCGCCACCUCGUCGCUAUCUAUCUAUCUAUCUAUCUAUCUAUCUAUCUAUCUCAGUCUGUUCAUAUCUAUCUAUCUAUCUAUCUAUCUAUCUAUCUAUCUCUAUGUCUCUGCCUUUCGAUCUUUAUAUUUUACCUAUCUCAAUCUAUUCAUAUAUAUCUAUUUAUUUUGUACAUAUCUAUCAAGAUAAUUAGGUCAUACCUAUUUUUCUUUCUUACGUACAUUAUAAUUAAUACCUAUUUUUCCUUCUCAUUUUCUUUUUUACUAUCUAUCUAUCUAUCUAUCUAUCUAUCUAUCUAUCUAUCUAUCUAUGCCAGUCUCUUCAUAUCUCUCUCUCUCUCUCUAUCUAUCUAUAUAUAUCUAUCUAUGCCAGUUUAUUCAUAUCUCUCUAUCUAUCUAUCUAUCUAUCUAUCUAUCUAUCUAUCUAUCUAUCUAUCUAUCUAUCUAUGCCAUCUAUUCAUAUCUAUCUAUCUAUCUAUCUAUCUAUCUAUCUAUCUAUCUAUCUAUCUAUCUAUCUAUCUAUCUAUUAACUAUUUCUCUAUUUCCCUCUCUCUCUCUCUCUCUCUCUGA